AUGCACAGUGGAAAGACCCAUCAAUGCCUUGAGUGUGGAAAUCUCUUCCUUAGUAGAGCAGAACUAAUUAGACAUCUAAGAACACAUACAGGAGAGAAACCUUAUAGCUGCUCAGACUCCAGCAAGAGCUUGUCAGAGAAAUCAGACCUUGCUCAACACCAAAGGAUUCAUUCAGGAGAGAAGCCAUUUAUCUUCUCAGAGGGUGGAAUGAUGUUCUCAGAACUAAUUAGACAUCUACGAACACAUACAGGAGAGAAACCUUAUAGCUGCUCAGACUCCAGCAAGAGCUUGUCAGAGAAAUCAGACCUUGCUCAACACCAAAGGAUUCAUUCAGGAGAGAAGCCAUUUAUCUUCUCAGAGGGUGGAAUGAUGUUCUCUGAUAGAAGAAAGGGUAAUACACGUUUUCCAAACCACAGUAUAAUGAAGGCACAUAAAUGCUUUCGGUGUGGAAAAUAUUUCAGAUACAGAUCACAGUUCCUUAUGCACCAAAGAAUCCACAGAGGAGAGAAACCUUCUGAAUUCUCAGAGUUUGGAAAGAAAAUCAGUAGAAGUGGCCAUAUUCACCAGCAUCUACGAACUCACAGAGAGGAGAAACCGUUUAAAUGUUCAGACUGUGGAAAGAGAUUCAAUCGGAGUGGCCAUUUUCUAGAGCAUCUUAGAACCCACACAGGGGAGAAACCUUUUGGAUGCUCAGAGUGUGGAAAGAAUUUCAAUUCAAGUAGCACUCUUCAAAAUCAUCUAAGAACUCAUACAGGUGAGAAGCCUUUUGAAUGCUUCGAGUGUGGAAAGAAAUUCAGUCAGUGUGGCACUCUUCAGCAGCAUCUAAGAACCCACACAGGGGAGAAACCGUUUGAAUGCUCAGAAUGUGCAAUGAAAUUCAGUCAGAGUAGCCAUCUUCGGCGGCAUCAAGGAAUCCACAGAAGGGAGAAACCUUUGGAAUGCUCAGAGUGUGGGAAGAAAAUCAGUAGUGGCCAUCUUCACCAGCAUCUACAAACUCAUACAGGGGAGAAGCCUUUUGAAUGCUCAGAGUGUGGAAUGAAAUUCAGUUGGAGUUGCCAUCUUCAUCGGCAUCAAAGAACCCACACAGGGGAGAAACCUUUUGAAUGCUCAGACUGUGGAAAGAAAUUCAGUCGGAGUGGCAAUCUUCAACAGCAUCGUCGAAUCCACACAGGAGAGAAACCCUUUGAAUGUUCAGAAUGUGGAAAGAGAUUCAGUCAGAGUGGCACUCUUCAACAGCAUCAGAGAACCCACACAGGGGAGAAACCUUUUGAAUGCUCAGAGUGUGGAAAGAGAUUCAGUCGGAGCUGCAUUCUUCAACAGCAUCUAAGAACCCACACAAAGGAUAAGCCUUUUGAAUGCUCAGAGUGUGGAAAGAAAUUCAGUCAGAAUGGCACUCUUCAACAGCAUCAAAGAACUCACACAAAGGAGAAACCUUUUGAAUGCUCAGAGUGUAGAAAGACAUUCAGUCACAGGUGCAAUCUUCAACGGCAUCUAAGAACCCACACAGGUGAGAAACCUUUUGAAUGAGUAUUGAAAGAGAUUCAUUUGGUGUAACUCUCUUCAAAAUCAUCUA